AUGAAUGCAAAUAUUGCCGGUGUUUCGUUCGCAACCGUCAGUGCACAGCAAGAAGCAGAAGAUGUGAAACUCUUGGAUGCAAUUGAAUCUGAGGAGACAAUUCUGAGUAAGAAUCAGCAAUUGGGAUUGACGUACGCAUUGCUGGAGCAAGGUGCGUGGGUGUUUGCGAAGCAGUUGCUUGAUCGAUUUCCAGAAUUUUAUGCUGUUAAUGCGUCAAAACGUAUCGCGCUAUCAAUUGCUGAAAUGAUUGAGAGAUCAAUAGACGAUUUUUAUCAAGAAAAAUGUAAAAUAGGACUCGGUCAACCGAAAACGCCUUCGUUGAACGCAACCACACAUUCACUGGAAAUUGUUGGUAGUUGGUCAGAGUUGAUUUCCGUUGUGCUGCCGGUGUUAUGGUACUUAGGUCCGUAUAUUGCUUAUAGAGCAUCAGCCACGGUUAAACUGGUGCGAUUAAUAAGUGUUUUCUUCGAGGAGAAAGCAAAGGAUACUGAAACGUCGGAUUCAUCACAUUCUGAGUCUGGUUAG